AUGGAUAACCGCGGUUCUUUCUUCUUCUUUCUGCUGGUUUUUUACCUGCUUCUAAGCUCUCAGUCGCGUCCUCCGUUGAUCGAUGAGGAUCGUGAGCGCCAGCGUGAGCUCGAUCGAGAACAGCACGCCCUACACCUGCUGAACGAGUCGAAGUAUGGGGAUUUUGAUCCACCAGCGGAUCGAUGGCUUCCAUUCGCCGGAUUACGGAAGAACGACAGCUACGCAUGGGAGCUGUUUCCGCAAGUCCAAGGCCGCGUUCGCCAUCAGCUACAAUCUGCCCUCUCCAAUGCCGGGCUCCAGCUGCCGAGCGGGCUGGAUGAUUCCGACGUAUCGUCUCCCUUGAAUCUCACCAAGCUGUUCCUCCCAGUAUAUCGCAAUGUUACAGGGAAGCUUCGCGGGGACUGGGUACGACGGUCGGACGUACAACGCCAAACACCCCUCAACACUACCGCGAUUGCCCAGGAGCAUGAAUACUAUGACACAACGUUUAGCUCUAAUAUCACGGGCAAUGGAGGUACUCUUUAUUUCGAUAUUGAAGAAGGUGGUGGCGAAGAGCUUCGUAUUGGAGAAGGUCUUGUCCGUGAAAUACGCGCAAGUCUGACAGUCGAAAGCGAUGACUUCUGGGGAAGCAACUUGUACUUUUCGUUAUUCGGUGUGCACUUUCCCGAGACUGGAGGGAUAGUCUUGAGUACAUCUAGCGAGAAAUUUGGCGGCAUUUUCUCUUUGCCACAUUUCACACUUUCGCCUGCUACUUAUGAGCUGUCUCACAGGCUUCUGGUCAAGUCACUUUCAAACUCCAUAUCAGAGACGCGGUAUAGGGUUCCAACCUUCCUUCCGUGGUCCACCUUGGCAGGGACUGAACAGAUCGAGUUUCCGGCGCCCAAAUGUGAGCAUAUCAUCUUCCUCCAGCAACACCCUGUCAUGGUCGAUGACAUGGUCGCCGAUCGAUUGUUGCUAGAGCGGAUGGAACAAGAGCUCAGGUAUCCCGUGGGAGCCCCAAUCCCUGACCCCCCUCUCAUGGUCAUGUCGACGGUUGUCUUUUCUCCCGAUUGCGGGUACAUUCUCGAGUCCAAAGGCACCCCGGAAUUUCCACCCUCCGAUUCAUUGUACCUAUCAGGACCCAAGUAUGAGGAGUAUGGUAAAUAUGCAGCGCGUCUCAUUUUUGUUGUUUCUGGCGUGUUCGUUGGCCAAAUUGCCCUUCUUCUUCGCCAGAUCAAAGAGGCUUCGACUCCUUCCACGAGGAGUCGGGUCAGUUUCUAUACCAUUGCAUUGAUGGCGCUUGGAGAUGGAUUGGUACUUACAUUCAUUGUAUUGGAGCUUUAUGCCGCCGUAUCUUUCUUGGUAUUGGCAACUGCUCUGUUUUUGGCAUUCCUUUCUGUCAGUUACAUUGGCAUGAAAUUCAUGAUGGAAAUAUGGGCUGUGCAGGAGCCGGAGAGACGCGAGGAACGGCUAGUCAACCCGCCGACUCCCAUCGCUCGUCCAGGAACGCUGCCGUUGCCCGUCACUGCAGCCAUUCGGGACACUGGUGCGACCCCGAUUAUUCUGACCCCGGAUCAAGACCCUCCUGAUGAUGACUUGGAGCCACCGACUACCAACAACCGUACCGCCGCACCUACGCCAGCACAGCUUCGCACCGACGUGGGCUCCAUGUAUGCGCGCUUCUACCUGGCGUUCUUUGGAAUGUUCAUCAUGUCUAUCUGGGCCUUCCUCCUGCCCAGAAGGCUAGGUGCAAUCUAUGCGCGGAUCCUAUCCGGAGUCUAUCUUUCUUUCUGGGUCCCACAAAUCUAUCGUAAUGUCAUGAGGAACUGCCGCAAGGCUCUGAGAUGGGAUUUUGUCGUCGGUCAGAGUAUCCUACGGCUCUUUCCUUUCAUUUAUUUCCUUACAGCUCGAGGAAAUGUGUUGUUCAUUCGUCCUGACUGGACAACCGCCUUUGUCAUGGUUGGAUGGGUUUGGAUUCAAGCUUGGAUCUUGGCCAGCCAGGAUGUUCUAGGCCCACGAUUCUUCGUCCCUCGUGGCUGGGCACCUCCUGCCUACGACUAUCACCCAAUCUUGCGUGAUACUCACGGGCCCGACGAGGAUCUUGAAACUGGAGGCGUGCUCUCUAUUGCCUCGCUCCGAGCCGAUGAACGUGAUCUGGUGACCGAUACGAAAGAUGAUGACAAACACAAGUCCAAGGAUCGCAAGAAGGUUGUAUUUGACUGUGCCAUUUGCAUGCAAGACAUUGAGAUUCCUGUUCUCUCUGCGCCGACUUCCGCGGGCGGAAGCAGCGUUGCCGAGGGUGCCUCAAAUAUCUUGAGCCGCCGGACAUACAUGGUUACCCCUUGUCGGCACAUAUUCCACACUGCUUGCUUGGAGAGCUGGAUGAGGCUACGCCUUCAGUGCCCAAUUUGCCGUGAAUCUAUUCCCCCUGUAUAG